AUGUCGUCGGCAGAUCAUGUUGCACAGGUGGAAAAGAAGAUGAAUGAAGACACUGCUUUGGUGCGGAAAUUAGGAGAAAAGAGACAUAGACCUAUGUGGAAGGAUAGCAUGAAAAUGGGCGAAGUUGUAAAGCACAUAACUGAAACUGUUCCUGUGAACGUGCAGUUCGAAUUUGUGCAAACAGGUGCUUCUUGGUCAGGUGAAGCUCACAAGGCAGAUGAAGGUGAGGCCUGCGCGGACACUAAAUUAGGUCGAGAUGCAGCAUCACCUCUCCAGAAAGAAUUGCGAAGUGUGACGGGGUAUCAAAGGAUUAUAACAAGUGACGAAGACACACGUGAACACCUAUUGUUGAAGGAGUGGCAAGAUGCUGCCCAAGAGGAAUGCAACAAUCAAUUUGUUAAUGAAGCUGCAAUUCGAGUAGAUGAAGAAUCACCGGUAUGUGAACUAGGGGCCUCGAGUUCCGCAGGACGGUGCGUGAGAGGUGAUGCAACGGCCAUUACGCGGGGCAGGCACACCCUAAAUCUUGAAGAAAUUCUAGACCAGUGCAAGGAUGCUGCAGCACUGAGAGAGCAGCUGGUAAACGUCAUAAGAGAGAGAGAUGCUUUUCUAUUGAAAGCUGAAUGCUAUGCAACAAUUUCAGAGGCCGUAGAGAAGCAGAGGGACCACCUGAAAUUUGAACUAGAAACUGUCAGGGCUCAGAAUGACACCCAGAAACUUGAACUAGAAAAUUUUCGAGCUCAGUAUGAGGAGAAUUUAUCGGUACUAAAAGACGAGGUACGCAUUUUAAAAACGCAGCGAAACCACUUAAAAGAGGGGCAAGACGUUGUAAUACUAAGAGAGCAACGCACAACCGAUGAUUUGGUUGUCGUGAAGAAGAUGAGAGACUCCCUGAAUCUUGGACCAGAAAAUGUCCGAGCUCAGAAUGACGCCCAGAAUCUUGAAUUAGAAAAUGUUAGAACUCAGAAUGACGCACAGAAAUUUGAACUAGAAAAUGUCAGAACUCAGAAUGACGUCCUGAAACUGGAACUAGCAAAUAUCCGAGCUCAAAAUGGCGCCCAGAACCUUGAACUAGAAAAUGUCAGGGCUCAGAAUGACGUCCUGAAACUGGAACUAGCAAAUAUCCGAGCUCAAAAUGGCGCCCAGAACCUUGAACUAGAAAAUGUCAGGGCUCAGAAUGACGUCCUGAAACUGGAACUAGCAAAUAUCCGAGCUCAAAAUGGCGCCCAGAACCUUGAACUAGAAAAUGUCAGGGCUCAGAAUGACGUCCUGAAACUGGAACUAGCAAAUAUCCGAGCUCAAAAUGGCGCCCAGAACCUUGAACUAGAAAAUGUCAGGGCUCAGAAUGACGUCCUGAAACUGGAACUAGCAAAUAUCCGAGCUCAAAAUGGCGCCCAGAACCUUGAACUAGAAAAUGUCAGGGCUCAGAAUGACGCCCAAAAACACGAACUAGCAAAUUUGCGAGCUCAGUAUCAGGAGGACGUCUCACUUCUGAAAGAAGACGUGUGCUUUUUAAGAACGCAGCGGGAACAGUUUAUAGACGGGCAAGACGCUCUAAUAUUAAGAGCGCAACGCACAGCUGACGACUUGGAGGCCACGAAGAAGAUGAGGGACUCCCUCAAACUUCAACAUGAAAAUUUUAGAGCUCACUGUGAGUGUGAAGUUACCCGAUUGCAUGACCUCUUGCACAGUGCAAAUGCCAAGAUCGACCGGUUUAUGUGCGAGCGACAGGUUUUAAUUGCUAGAGCGAAACGCGCAGAAGAGGACUUGCAGGUCCUGAAGAUGCGGUUGAAAAAUAAGCGAGACCAGUGUAAUGACUCUGCCUUACUGGAGAAGCAAUUGAAGGAUGUAAGAGAGGAAGUCAAGAAGAUCACGAAGGAGAGAAACUCCUAUAUUUUGAAAGUGCAACGUAUUUCACGGAACAAAACGGAGAUAGAAAAGGAGAGGGACUCUCUGAGACGUGAAUCAGAAAAAUGCCGUUGCCAGUGUAAGGACGUUGAGGCGAAGGAAAUGAAAUUAAAUGCUCUAACUGCGAUUUGCGAGAAGAUGAAGAGAGAGAACAGACUGCAAGCAAAACGUACAGGAGCGAUAAUUGAUGACUUAAAGCGGGAGAGGGACGCUUUAAAAUGCGAAACAGAAAAAUUCCGACGCCAGUGUAACGGCCUUGGCAUGAUGAAAGUGCAUUUGAACAAUAUGAGAUCCGAAAGCGACAAGAUCAGAAGAGAGAGAGACGCUAUGAAGAAGGAUAUGGACGUCGUGAGACUUGAAAUCCAAAAUCUCCGAGGCCAAAUUAAGGACGCCGCAGUACUUGAAGUGCAGUUAAACGUUGGCAGUUUGGAGUUCCAAGUCAGUUGCUGUCAGGAGAAUGAGCAGGACAGUUUGGGGUUCCAAGUCAGUUGCUGUCAGGAGAAUGAGCAGGACAGUUUGGAGUUCCAAGUCAGUUGCUGUCAGGAGAAUGAGCAGGACAGUUUGGGGUUCCAAGUCAGUUGCUGUCAGGAGAAUGAGCAGGACAGUUUGGAGUUCCAAGUCAGUUGCUGUCAGGAGAAUGAGCAGGACAGUUUGGGGUUCCAAGUCAGUUGCUGUCAGGAGAAUGAGCAGGACAGUUUGGAGUUCCAAGUCAGUUGCUGUCAGGAGAAUUUGGUUGAGUUUCAGAGUUGGCAGUUGACAGAAUAA